GGAAAGCCCUUCUUCCUGUCCGCCUUGCAAAGCCAAGACACCCCACUUCUUCUCUCAACCUCUCUCAAGCGUUCCGGACACUUCAGCGGUCACCAUGCACUCAUAACAUCCCGUAUCCGCCCCGGCUCUCCGUCCUUCCAUCUCACUCACCACUCAUUCGCUCGUUACAUUCCACCUCCGCCUCGAAAAUUUCACAGCCUCCUGCUGCUGCCACACCAUCGGCAACGCCAGCAACGCCAGCGAAGCCAAAAGAGAAGGACUCGGACAAUGUCACCGUGAAGGAGCAGCGCCGCAGGGACUGGGACAUCAUCAAGAGGCUCAUGGUCAAUGUCUGGCCCAAGGACGACUGGUACACCCGUGGCCGUGUUAUACUGGGCUUCGCGCUCCUCAUUUCUGGCAAGGUCCUGAACGUGCAAGUCCCCCUAAUCUUCAAGAACGUCAUCGACGCGCUCAACAUCGACUUCGCGUCCGACUCCACCGUCUGGGUUGUCGCAGGCUCCCUCGUCCUCGGCUACGGCGCAGCCCGCAUGGGCGCGACGAUCUUCGGCGAGCUCCUCAACGCCGUCUUUGCCAACAUCGGCCAGCGCGCCAUCCGCAGGGUCGCCCGCGAGACAUUUGAGCACCUCCUGUCGCUCGACCUCCGCUUCCACCUCUCCCGGCAGACGGGCGGGCUUACACGGGCUAUCGACCGCGGCACGAAGGGUAUCACGUUCCUCCUACAGAGCAUCAUAUUCCGGAUUGUUCCUACGGCUCUUGAGAUUUCGAUGGUUUGCGGUAUUUUGACGUACAAGUUCGGCUGGGACUUUGCCGCCAUCACUGGUAUAACGCUCGCUGCAUACACGUGGUUCACCGUUCGGACCACAUCAUGGCGGACGCAGUUCCGUCGCGACGCGAACAGAGCCGAUAACAAAGCCGCAACUGUCGCAGUGGACUCGCUCAUGAACUACGAAGCCGUCAAGCACUUCAACAACGAGAAGCACGAGAUCGCGCAGUACGACAAGUACCUCAAGGACUUUGAAAAGUCUUCAGUCAAGAUCACGACCUCGCUUGCGUUCCUCAACUCCGGCCAGAACAUCAUCUUCUCGUCCGCGCUCACGGCGACGAUGCUCCUCGCUGCGCAGGGUGUUAUCAACGGGACGAUGACGGUCGGCGACCUCGUCAUGGUCAACCAGCUGAUCUUCCAGCUGUCCCUCCCGCUCAACUUCCUCGGUUCUUUGUACCGCGAGAUGCGACAGAACCUGCUCGACCUGGAGGUUCUGUUCAAUCUCCAAUCCGAGAACGCACCGCCCAAGGACGCCCCGGACGCCAAACCCCUCGUCCUCGUCCCUCCCAAGACCACCACACUCGGCACCCAACCAGCCAGCCUAGGCGGCCAAAUCGAAUUCCGCGACAUCCACUUCGCAUACCACGCCUCCCGCCCCAUCUUCCGCGGCCUCACCUUCACCGUCCCCGCGGGCGCCAAAGUCGCGCUCGUCGGGCCCUCGGGCUGCGGCAAGUCCACGAUCUUCCGCCUGCUCUUCCGGUUCUACACCCCGCAAGCGGGGCAGAUCUUGAUCGACGGGCAGGAUAUCCAUAAAGUGCAGCUGGAGAGUCUGCGGAGGGCGAUUGGGGUCGUGCCGCAGGAUACGCCGCUGUUCCAUGCGGAUGUGAUGCAUAAUGUGCGGUAUGGGCGGUUGAGCGCGAGCGAUGAGGAGGUGAAGGAGGCGACGCGGAGGGCGAGUGUGCAUGAGACGAUUGAGAGGCUGCCGAAGGGCUACGAGACGACGGUGGGCGAGAGGGGGCUGAUGAUUUCGGGCGGGGAGAAGCAGCGGUUGGCGAUUGCGCGGGUGUUGCUUAAGGAUUCGCCGAUCUUGUUCUUUGAUGAGGCGACUUCGGCGCUGGACGCACACACCGAGGCCGCGCUCAUGCGGAGCAUCAACAGCACGCUGCUCGACCGCGGCCGGACGAGCAUAUUUAUCGCGCACCGCCUGCGCACCGUCGUCGAGGCCGAUGUAAUUAUCGUGCUCAAGGACGGCGCCGUUGCAGAACAGGGCACGCACGAGGAGCUGCUCGCACGCGGCGGGCUGUAUGCGCGCAUGUGGGCACAGCAGGCGAGCGAUGCGAACUUGGACGACGUCGCUCCACCGCCGGUGCGGGAUGAGGUGGAAGUUGACGUUGAGGAAGCGGCAAACGAGAAGGGUGAGAAGGGUGCGAAGGUCUGAGAGCGUUGGGGCUGUAGAGAGACUUUUGUUUAUAGUGAUAGAUGUGCUUUUAGACUUUUAUGUUUAUUCAGACUUAAACCUCCG